AUGCAAUUAUUUGCAUAUUAUCUCAUAAUAAUAAAAAACAAGACCAAGUUUAAUGUUGAUAUACAGAGACGAAAGUACAUACUAAUUAUGGCAGCAGCCAGAAUAGAGUUCCAAGUCCCUAAUUAAGCAGGAAAGAUUCUAACUACUGGCAGUAUUUUCACAAUGUUAUGUAAAACCAGAAAGAUCAAAAUUACGUUCUCUAUAAAACAGACUUUGUUUCCAUAUGCAUUCCUUUUCUGUUUUUUGCUGCUACAUUGCUUUGCCAGAGAUACUAUAACAAAGAACGGUUCCAUCAGAGACGACAGCAGUGAAGCAGAAACUCUUGUUUCGGUGGGUGAAAAGUUUGAGCUUGGAUUUUUCACUCCUAAUGGAAGUUCUGGAAUAAGAAGAUAUGUUGGGAUCUGGUAUUAUAUGUCAAAUCCACUUGCAGUUGUAUGGGUUGCUAACAGAGACAAUCCCCUUUUAGAUUAUGAUGGAGUUUUUUCUAUUGCAGAAGAUGGCAACCUUAAGGUACUAGAUGGAAAGGGAAGAUUAUACUGGUCCACCAAUCUUGACACGAAUUCAUCUUUGGAUAGGAAAACAAAGUUAAUGGAUACUGGAAACCUUGUCGUGAGCUAUGAAGAUGAAGAAAAUGUUUUAGAGAGAAUUACGUGGCAGAGUUUUGAUAAUCCAACUGAUACAUUUCUUCCAGGUAUGAAAAUGGAUGAGAACAUGGCAUUAAUUUCAUGGAAAAGUUAUGAUGACCCAGCAUCUGGGAACUUCACUUUUCGGCUAGAUCAAGAAUCUGACCAAUUUGUUAUCUGGAAGAGAUCGAUUCGCUACUGGAAAAGUGGAGUUUCAGGUAAAGUUGGCAGCUCUAAUCAGAUGCCUUCUUCAGUAUCAUACUUCUUAUCAAAUUUCACCUCAACUGUAUCCCACAAUGAUUCUGUGCCAUACUUGACAUCAUCAUUAUACAUCGAUACAAGAAUGGUCAUGAGUUUCUCCGGCCAAAUUCAGUAUUUGAAGUGGGACAGUCAAAAGAUAUGGACAUUGUUCUGGGCAGUUCCAAGAACAAGAUGCAGUCUGUACAAUGCUUGUGGAAACUUUGGUAGCUGCAAUAGUAAUAAUGAGUUUGCAUGCAAGUGUCUGCCUGGAUUUCAGCCUACCUCACCGGAGUACUGGAAUUCUGGAGACUAUUCAGGGGGAUGCACCAGAAAAUCACCAUUAUGCAGUAGCAAUGCUGCUAGCGACUCAUUCUUGAACUUAAAGAUGAUGAAAGUAGGAAAUCCAGAUUCUCAAUUUAAGGCUAAAAGUGAGCAAGAGUGCAAAGCAGAGUGCCUUAACAACUGCCAGUGCCAGGCUUUUUCAUAUGAAGAAGCUGAAAACGAACAACGGGAAGAUUCUGAAAGCGCUAGCUGCUGGAUUUGGUUGGAGGAUCUUACUGAUCUUCAAGAGGAGUACGAUGGUGGCCGCAACCUCAAUUUGCGUAUUUCACUUUCUGAUAUAGAUUUAACUUCGAGAAGCUGUGGCACUUGUGGCGCAAACAUGAUUCCUUAUCCCCUUAGCACUGGACCCAGUUGUGGAGAUCCCAUCUACUUCAAUUUCCACUGUAACAUCUCGACAGGGAAACUUAGCUUUCUGGCACCACUCAGCACCUACAGAGUCACGAGAAUAAAUCCACCACUGCGCAAGUUUGUCAUCCAAAUCAAUGACGUAGAUAAUUGCAAAGCCAUAAACUCGGACGCAAAAUUUAAACUUCUCAGCCAGUCAUCUCCAUUCCAUGUGAUUAGGUGGUGCGAUGCUGAUCUUGGAAACUAUAGUUCUGAUGCAUCAUUUAUAAAUGGAGGUGAAGUAGAGAUAAACUGGGAUCCACCACAGGAGCCAACUUGCUCUUCUGCUACAGACUGCAGUGACUGGCCAAAUUCAACUUGCCAUGCAACAGGAGAUGGAAGAAAAAAGUGCCUUUGUAAUAAGAGGUUCCGAUGGGAUGGUUUAACAUUGAACUGUACUCAAGGAGGUCAUUCAAACAAGCAAAGAAAUGAGCCCUCGAUAGGAAACAUUCCCUCGUUCGUUAUCAUCUGUAUAGCUUUCUUCAGUGUCAUUGUUUUCCUUGUUCUGUCAAGCGCUAUUGUAUGCAUGUAUUUGCAGAGAAAGAGAUGGAAAAACCUACCAGGAAACAGGGGGACUCUGCAAAGGCAUCUAGGCAAUCACUUGUAUGGCAGUGAGAGAGUUGUCAAAGAUAUAAUUGACUCAGGCCGGUUCAACGAAGACGAGUCAAAAGCCAUAGAUGUGCCUUUUUUUGACUUGGAAAGCAUAUCAGCUGCUACAAACAAGUUCUCAAAUGCAAACAAGCUAGGACAAGGUGGGUUUGGACCUGUUUACAAGGCUACAUAUCCUGGAGGAGAAGCAAUUGCUGUUAAGAGACUCUCAAGCUGUUCAGGUCAGGGCUUAGAGGAAUUUAAAAAUGAGGUUGUACUGAUUGCCAAACUUCAGCAUAGAAAUCUUGUCAGGCUAUUGGGUUAUUGUGUCGAAGGAAACGAAAAGAUGUUACUCUAUGAAUAUAUGCCCAACAAAAGCUUGGAUUCUUUCAUAUUUGAUCGAAAGCUGUGUGUGUUGUUGAACUGGGAGAUGCGCUAUAACAUCAUUGUGGGAAUCGCUCGAGGGCUUCUAUAUCUUCACCAAGAUUCCAGGCUGAGAAUCAUCCAUAGAGACUUGAAAACAAGCAACAUUUUGUUAGAUGAGGAGAUGAACCCAAAAAUUUCUGACUUCGGAUUGGCAAGGAUUUUUGGAGGCAAAGAAACUGCUGCAAACACAAACAGAGUAGUUGGAACUUAUGGGUACAUUGCUCCUGAGUAUGCAUUGGAUGGUCUAUUUUCAUUCAAGUCAGAUGUGUUCAGCUUUGGCGUUGUAGUUUUGGAGAUUAUCAGUGGGAAAAGGAACACAGGAUUCUAUCAACCUGAAAAAUCUUUAAGCCUCCUAGGCUAUGCCUGGAAUCUAUGGAUAGAAGAGAAAGCAUUGGAUUUCUUGGAGACAACUAUAAGGAAAACAUGCAAUACAAGUGAAUAUUUGAAGUGCAUAAAUGUUGGACUGUUAUGUGUACAAGAAGACCCAAGUGAUCGUCCCACCAUGUCAAAUGUAUUAUUCAUGCUUGGAAGUGAAACUGCUACUCUUCCAAGACCAAAGCAACCAGCUUUCAUUGUUAGAAGAUGCCCUUCCAGUAGAGCUUCCUCAUCCAGCAAGCCAGAAACUUACUCCAACAAUGGCUUAACUGUCACUCUACAAGACGGAAGAUAGGGGAGAGAUAGAGGCUGUUACUUGUAAGUCCGGAAAAGGAAAAAAAUUAUAAAGAUAAUUUGGUUAAUACAUUAUUCACUUCUUCCAUGUAGUCUCUUAACUGUCUAUCAUUUGGAUUUACUUUUAUUUUUAUAUAUAUUGUGAUUGUAAUAGCAUAGAUGCAAGCUAGUAGAAAUGUUUUCGGCUUAGCCAAAAUGUUCAAAAUGCUCAUUAUAAUUGUAGCAAUGUAGCAAUAAUAAUGAGGCACGAGUACUGGGAUUUCACUGCAAUA